AGUGUACAAAUUCAUCCGAGCACAACCGGUGGGGUUGUGGAGGGCGAGAGUGUUUCUUUGACCUGUACUGUAGCUGUCUCUCACCCUCCAGCUACGGUUCGGUGGUUUGAAUUUCCGCCUGGUUCCGGUGGAGCACUUGACUCUGGACGCGAAAUUACAGACCUCGCUCAAAUAGACAUGACACCGGGUGAAUACGGUGGCAUGUUAGUGGACAGUACACUGAGGGUCUCAAAGACCUUUCGUUCCAACUCGCAGACUGAGUACCGGUGCGUCGUCAACCAGGCCGCUCUCAAUAACCCCGUUGUCGCAGAAUAUAAACUGGAUGUUUUGUACCCACCCACCGUAGAAAUUGUCAGCCUACCGAAUGAUCCAACGGAAGGUCAAUCUGUGACUCUCUCCUGCCUCACUCACGGAGGGAUGCCGGACAAGAGUUUCUCAUUUUCCUGGUGGCACGCCAAGGAUCUCAACUUUCCUCAUCCCGCAACUCCAAAUGGCCAACCCGCGACUCAGCAGGAGCUCUCCCCUGUUCUGGCCAAAUCACUGGUGUCUUCUUUAAACAUCACUGUUCUGGAUGAGCUCUUCUCGACCCAUAUGUCUCAGAUUCCAGGUCACACGGGACGUCAUCUACUGCUGGACGCCAUUACAAUCAAGGAAAAUGGUUGGUACGGCUGUCAAGUUGCCAGUGGCGCUGGCAAUGCUCAGAGUCUGCAUUUACUUCUUAUAAAUUAUGCGCCGAGAAUUCAUCCUAGCACAAAAUUUGUACAAUACGCCCAACCGGGGAUGAAGACGGAAUUUGUGCUCACUGUUGAAGCCAGGCCAGCGAGAGCAGAAUUUAUGUGGUUUUGGAUCGGCGAAGACACCACGUUGGCCAGCAAGGCCAGGAGCAAAAUCCUAUCUCAGUCCUCUGCUCAAGCAACAGUUCGAAGUGGACGCUCCACAGCGCCUCUAAAAGCCAUCUCCACCUCAGUCGCGCCUUGGCUCAAUCGUGUGAAACAAACGUCCACCGUGACCGGAGUCAAUGGCAUAACGUUCACUCUUGCAUUCAGAGAGGUGGUUGAAUCAGACUUUGGGCUUUACAUGUGCCAGGUCAACCACAAAGCUGGUAAUCGCGAAUUCUACUUUGAACUAAAACCUCAAUCGGAUGCCAAGGGUAUAAAUCCCGACAGUAUUCGCAUCACAAGCGAAGGUCGUAAAGUACGCGUAGAAUUUGAGCCACCUAACAGUCAGUUCUACUCAAGAAUAGUCCUCCGAAUCUGCUUUUCUUCUCGGGUCACCUCCAAUCCGGUGGUAGGUUCAGGAAGAAGCGUUCGACCUUCAGGAGAACUGGUCUUUCUUCGACCUAUCAAGGACACCUCUAGCGCCUCAAUACCCGCAUCUACUGUGGAUGUUGUUGGUGCAACAAAUUCUGUUAGUAGUGACGAAUGUGGUGACUACGAGGUGACAUUUGCAGAAUUGGGGUUCCUUCAAGUUGAGCUGGACCGACCUAUCGCUGAAUAUACUUUCCAGUUUCUCGUCUACCAUGGCACACAGCUCCAACAAAUCACUCGCCCAGUUCGGUGGACCAUUGGAAACCAGACUCAAGCCUCAGCAUCAUCAAAGCUACUGGUACAGUUAAUCAUUGGGAUUCUCAUCACGCUCCUCGUCGUCUGCCUCAUUGCAUUCCUUAUCUACUACUUCUGCAACUGUAUUAAACGAAAAAAUAUGAAGAAGCUCGCUCCCGCAACUAGUAAUGGGCUACUUCAUGGACCUCGAACAUACCAAACUUUGGAUUCUAACAAACCUUUUGCAUCCCCACCUUCGGGAACUGGUUCGAUCUGUGCGGAUAUAGGAUCGGGUUCCCUACAUACCGGGCCCAUGCCCACCCUUUCUAUUGCAAGUUCGAUCAACGAGGACAAUGAGAAUCGACGAACACCAGGUGUGUUCCUUGCUUCUAGCAUCACAAUGGGUUAUUUGCUGGUUUUAGGUAAAUAUACGUGGAUCCGGCCCAAUGGGCCACGUGCCAACAUCUCUGAGGAGUUAUUAAGCUAA